AUGUCUUGCUUUGAAAUAUCGAAUCUUAAGAAGAAAAUUGCUUUUCUCGAAGGGGAAGAGUUAGCGAAUUCAAGCAUGAAUAUGCAAAUCAUUCACUUACAAAGAGAUAAUUCUUCUUUAAUUAAGACAGUUGAAAUGCUCAGUAAACAACUCUUAAACCUAAGCGAAGGUAAAGGCGAAACCCCCCCAAAUAUUCCAUCAGUAAAUUUGGAUAAAACAAAUGUAUUGGAUCCCACCUCUAAAGCGUGUGAAAAAAAGAAAAAAAAGAGACAGAGAAAAAACAAAGGGAAAGAAAAUAAGUUAUUGCAACGUAUUCCUCCACCUAGUGAUGCUUCAUCCUCUGGGGACGCCUCAUCGCCUCGUGACGCCUCAUUACCUCGUGACGCUUCAUCGCCUGGUGACGCUUCAUCGCCUAAUGAUGCCUUAUCACCCAGCGGGGGCUCAUCACCUAAUAAUUAUUUGCCUCCUGACAAGAAUAUAGCUGGUGCUAACGCAACACAAGAGGUCAAUGUCACC